AUGAGUGACUUGGACGAUUUUCUGAAGCUGGUUCGGAGAAACUUCAUUGUCUCAGAUGACACCACAACCUGCGAAAUUCUCUGUGAAAGUUUUGAUGCACUUUUUGCUGAGGAUUCGCCGCCGAACAGGUGCGCAAAUACGAAUUCGUUUGCGAAUUUUCAGUCAAAACUAAGAUAUAUCCAGGAAUCAGAAAAUUUUAGACUCUUGAUAUUCUACUGUGGUCCCUGUGUCGAUUGUAAUAUCUCACUGACUGGGGAAUCCAGCGAGAGGUCUAGCACCAGCACCUUAAACACGACGACCGGAGCAAAAGUGCUCUAGCUGUUCGAAAAAGGUUAUCAACUGAAAAAACCGAACAAGAAAUGAGAAGAGCACGGAAUCUAAGAUGAAAGGUUGCUCGAACUCGAGACGCCCCCCUUGUGGUGGCCACGUGGAGUUAAGUCCCCUGCUGACAAUCCGUUCCAGGGGUUAAUAAUACUGGAAGUUGUGUACUCAGGUCGUGCUCAUUCGCUGUUUGGGUACUUUCGGAGCUACCCAUGGAAAUUUCUUAUAUGAUCACAUUGGCGAAGUAGGCUUCAAUCCAUGCCAACCGUGCUACCCCUCUUUUUGUGCGGUCGUCCGGAGUAUUCGUGCUGUUCCCAGUACUUCAGAGUCGAAGACUGUGCCUAGGCACAGACACAAGAGCUCUUGUGUCUAUCCUACGAACACAAAUUUCAAAUUACGCAAAGAGGUUUAGUUGUCUUGUUCCUAGCUUUUUCCAGGACCUCCAGAACAAGGUGCGGUAUGACUGAACUAAAGUCGUAUGCGGUAUUUGGGGGUUCCGCUCGUUUAGGUCAUUGAGACGCCUGUGAACAAAGGAAAGCUGAUUUUAAGUCUCGUCAGCAGCCCAUACUCACUACUUCGGUGGUAUCAAACUUGCACCCGUUAGUUUUUUUUUAAUCAGCGUAGGGUCCGAUUAGCGGAAUGACUUCAUCUGACUGCGUGCAGACUCACUACCAAAUCUAGCUCUGGGUUGUCUAUGAGGGACUGAGGUUUCUGCGCCUUUCUUGCGAGAUCCCAUUAGCCAGUCCCCGCGUAAAGUCAAAAAAGACUAUGGGUAAAACCAUAGUCUCGUGUUUGACCAAAAAUCUGCCUAACACAAAAGAACAGGCGACUGUCAGUCAACCUUUGCAAGUUGUAGAUGUGACUGAGAGAGCGACAGCCUUAUCACAAAUCCUUAAGGAGUACUGCUGUACAUCGAUAAUUCCACUGAUUUAUCGUCUAAGCCGCGUAUGUGGAAGAUCCUGUGAUUUGCAAGACUUGUCGAUAACGAACCAUAACUAAGGCUUCGAUGAGCUUCGGAAAGAUGGUGUGAACAUUCCAUCUGCUGCCUAUCUUUUUGGGAUUCCUAUUGCGAUGAGAUCAGUGUGACAUACACGUCUAUCGAGAGUGGGGAUUAUAAGUUCGUGGCCGUCCGGAAAGUCACAGACGGGUGGCAUUCAUGAUUUUCAUCGACACUAUUGAGAUGGCUUGGACGGUGCAUAGAAGCCUGUUAUCGAGAUCGUUCUGUAGGCAGGAGGUAAUUGCGGUCUACCUCCUAUCAUAUAGGGCAACUGUUGUUUUGAGGCGUCAAAAUAGCUGCAUUAGGGUGGGUUUUGCCCAGAGCCUGUCCACGAUCUUUGUUUGUAGUUAAGCGCGGUGAAUGCUUCGCCUUUUACUGUCUCAGCCGACAAGCAUUCCAGUUGGAAAACCACCCCGGACAUGAAAGUAAACGUUAGAACUCGCUUAUCUAUGUUGGGCAUCAGAGGAAAUCGUUUGACUGUAGAAACGGUUCCCUCGGCAUUCUCUUUUUCGUUCCAGUGAUUUUUUGAGAGUACAUUUACGCAUGCACUGGUUGCGUGUCCUAUGCUUAUGGCCAUGGUCACAGUAUUUUUCUAUUAAAUCCCGGUCAUGUAGCCGUUUGCCGUAUCGUAUUCAACUCCGCACUACAGGAGUGCAGAACUCGUUUCUGACCCUCGUUUACCGUGCACAUUUUCAAGUACUCUCUAGUUGCCCCAUUAUUAUAUAAUCUGUUGGUCCGUAAACUUGCCUGUGUUUUGUCUUUACUCCAAUUAGACCCUUGCCAUUCCGACUUUUCCGAUUUCAGCGGUUCAGAAAACUCCAUGCCUGGCAGACCUAAACGUCGAAAAUCUCCAGAAAUUCCUUUUCCAAGUGUUCAAGGUAUCUGGUUUUAUUUCUUGAAAGGUAGAAUUCAACCGUUGGACCUGGGCAUUAGAACAGAAGCGGCAAAAUCUGGCAAACCAGCAGUCCACCUCCCAGUGCCAAACGCCUACUAAUUUAGACGGUCAGAAUUCUCAUUCUUACCCGUCUUUGUCUUCCGUUAUCAUUCGUUAUUCCGAAGUCACCGUUUUAUUUUCGUUUAGCCGUCUGCUGCGAAUUACCCGCUUCACUUAUUUGCUAUUAUUCAACACGUUUAGACGUCGGACAGUCUGUGCCCGCGUUAUCAGAUGCUUUGCCUCAGCCACCCCCUCUGCCUGUUGCCAAAAACCGGAAAUCAGCGUUGACAAUCGCACUGGAGAAUGCACUUGCCAGUGGAAGCGAGUUUAAUUCCAAUCGUUUUGUUGACUUUGCCAUCUUCGACGGUCGCUCCGUUGGUGUGGAGAUGGACUCAACAGUCAAAGCCAAGCCGCAACGGCAAAACUCCAUCACCAUAUGGUUUUGGCGCGUUACUGGCCUUCCGAAAGUGAGCAUUUCUGUACAGCCGUCCUCCAACUGCACCGUUCGCGGCGUUGUAGGUUUGGCUUUAUGGCAGUACUUCAAUGAGAAUCCAUCAGCGGCCGGCAGCUUUAACGCUGAAUACAGUCACAUUAAGGAUGCGGAGUAAGCCUUUCGUCACAUAACCUGUUCGGGGUACUCUCUUCCCUACUUUUUUGACUCUGAACCAAUUUCUCUUAACAGACAAAUCGUAG